AAUAAACACAAACACUACACAUAACCGUGGCAACGAUAACAAACUAAUAAGAACUGUUUCUACACACAAUAUUUUUCGUAAAUCAUGGCAGAGAAAGUAAUGUUCAACGUGAAUGAACCUAAAGAUGCCGUGGGUUUUGAUUCGCAAUGGAAAGUAAAGAAGGUGACUAUGCAAGGUUCAUCACAAACUGCUAACAUUACAAGUGAAACUGCGUCCAUUUCAACAAAUUCUAGGACAAAUACAGAGAUCCAAACUGAUGCAUUGGAAUUAAAACCACCUGAGUAUGAUGAGCAGAGACUGGCUGAUUUUCUCAAGAGAUUAUACCCGAAAGUAAGCAAGGAAUUAAAUGAAGCUGCCACUUCCCAAGUAUUCAAGAAUCAUCGAGCUGAUGGUCCUUCAACUAAAGUCCAGCCUAAAUUACUCACUGCAUUUAAACUAACAGUAGAAAAUGGAGAUUUUGCUAAAUCUGUCAGUGGUCUCUCCUGGAAUGCAACUGGAAAGAAACUAGCAAUAAGUGUGGUCCAACCACAUGAAUCAUGGUGUCACCAUGUUGGAAUGAUCUUCAUACACACAUUCACUGGUUCCCAAGACACAGAGGACAAAAUGAUAAGGAUUAAGACACCUAGUUGCAUCACAGCAAUCAGUUAUCACCCUACAAUGCCUCCAAUAUUAGCAGUUGGGUCUUACACAGGUGAAAUACUCAUUUUGAACACGCAAAACGACGAAAACGAGCAAUUAUUGGUCAAGACAAGUGGACAUGAUGGUGUUAUAACAAAGGUAGCUUGGGUAGAAGACUUAGAAUCGGAGAAAAACCACCUCCUAGCAUCUGGAAGCCUCGAUGGGUGUUUAAACAUGUGGUUUAAUAUGGGCAGCAAUGAAUUGAAAUUACAAGAUAAAUUCAAGAUAAAAACACCGCUAUUCGGUAAAUUGCAGCGUAAAGGUGAAACACCGGCUGCUAUCAGUAAAAAAGUCGACAGAGGGAUUGUCUCCUUUGAUUUCUCGAGGCAUAACCCGGAGAAGUUUAUAGUCGCGGCUGAAGGUGGCUUAAUCGCACAAUGUUCACGUUUUGGUACCAAAGAAUUACCAGGAGGUACCAAAGAAGUACGUGUAUCUGAUCCUGUAUUUCAAUAUUACCGUGCGCAUGAAGGUGAGAUUACUUCUAUUAUGUUAUCACCCGACAGACCAGAGUUAUUCGCGUCGUGCGCAAGUGAUGGUGAAAUUAGAGUGUAUGACAUGGGUGAAGAAGAACCCGGGAAUGUUAUCGCAACUAAAGAUGAUACGCUUGUGCUGAAAUGGGUACCGUAUAGUCAGAAUUUAAUCGCCACGUGCGGAGGUAGUGGUAGAGUUGAUUUUUACAACGCAAAAAAUGGGAAGUUGAUGAAUGUUAAAGAUGAAAAAGAAACUGAUGGAGAUGAUGAUGUUUACUUGACUUGUUUGGCAUUCCAUAGUGGGAGGAUUUCGGUGGUUGCUGUGGGUACCAAGGAGGGUGGGGUGCAGAUAUGGGACAUUCCAUGGAAUAAUUAUUAAGAAAAUAAAUAAAUUUGAAUUUGAA